UUUGGCGCCCACGGUGUCCAUGGAGAGAGGUUGAGGUGGCCGAGCUCCGGCCCGAGGCACCCGGGCGCCGGGACAGCAAAGAUGUCGGCCUCGUUAGUCCGGGCCACUGUCCGGGCUGUGAGCAAGAGGAAGCUGCAGCCCACCGGAGCCGCCCUCACCCUGGUAGGUGUGAAAGUCGGUGUCCGAACUAGGGGUUGUAAUGGCCUUUCUUACACUCUGGAAUAUACAAAGACAAAGGGAGAUUCUGAUGAAGAAGUUGUUCAAGAUGGAGUCAGAGUGUUUAUCGAAAAGAAAGCACAGCUGACACUUUUAGGAACAGAAAUGGACUAUGUUGAAGACAAAUUAUCCAGUGAGUUUGUCUUCAAUAACCCAAACAUCAAAGGAACUUGUGGCUGUGGAGAAAGCUUUAAUAUUUGAAACCUCAGGACUCCUCUGGCUGUAAACUCCAGGAAAGCUUGCUGAAACCUUGGAGCUUGCUGAAGAAAUCAUGUCACUGUCACUUGCCUAAGGUUUAUAAUAUGUGGCCACCUUGUGAGGAAAAUAAAGUGAUGCAUUUUGAAAAUGGAA